AUGGAACGAGGCCAACACUCAAAUCAGCGUAGGAUCACUCGUUCAUCAAAUUCAGGCUCGAACAACAAUGGCAAUGGCACAGAAGCUGGGCAAGAAGGCAAGCGUGAACAGGAUCUGCACCUCCCCAUCGCGAACGUGACAAGAAUCAUGCGGCGGAUUCUUCCGCAACAUGCAAAAGUCUCAGACGAUGCUAAAGAGGCGAUCCAAGAAUUGGUGUCCGAAUUCAUCAACCACAUCACUAACUUAGCUAAUGAACGUUGCCAUAGGGAACAACGCAGGACUGUGACAGCUGAGGAUGUCAUUUGGGCCAUGAACAAAACUGGGCUGACCAACUAUGUUGGGCCUCUCACCCUAUACCUCCAGAAACAUCGUGAACAAGAAGCUUCGGGCCAACGGAUCAGGCCCAAUACUGUGAGGCCCAAUGUGGAACUUGGGCUGGCACCGCCUACUGGGUCAGCCCAAGUUUUGCCGAUUAACUAUGCACCUGGGCCGGGUUAUUCGUACCCGCACUUCCCACCCACUGGAGUGUUUUAUGAUCCAGCAGUUCAUGUAAUGAUGAAUGGGUUUAAUGACAUGAUGAAUUACAUGAGGAGUGAAGAAGAGAUAGGGGAGAAUGAUGGGCCAGCUGAGUCAUCAUCUUCAACUGCCACUAACUAUAAUGAUCCAUAUGGACACUUCAAACACUGA